AUGAAAUACAUACCACGAAAGAUUAAAGACAAAUAUGAAAUACUUGGUGUUAUUGGUGAAGGUGCAUAUGGUGUUGUUCUUAAAGCUCGAAAAAAAGAUUCAAAUACAGUUGUUGCUAUAAAAUAUUUUAAACAAGCUCCUGGAUAUCAUACAGAUGCUGAUGUUAUCGAUCGUGAAUUAAAUAUUCUUCAAUCACUUCGAUUUGAAAAUGUUGUUGAAUUAAUUGAAUGGUUUCGUGAUAAGAAACGAUGUUGUUUUGUAUUCGAAUAUGUCGAAUGGAAUAUGUUACAAGUUUUACAAGAACAUCCCGAAGGUUUAUCAUUAGAACAUGUAUAUCGAUUAUCAUAUCAAUUAUUUAGUGCUAUUCAUUGGUGUCAUACACAUGAAAUAAUUCAUCGAGAUAUUAAACCAGAAAAUUUACUUAUAUCAAAAAAUUUUAUUUUAAAAUUAUGUGAUUUUGGUUUUGCAAGAUUUUGUAAUACAAAAGCAAUCGCUGAUUAUUAUACUGAUUAUGUUGCAACACGAUGGUAUCGAUCACCUGAGUUACUUGUGGGUUCCCCAUAUGGAAAACCAGUUGAUGUAUGGGCAUGUGGAUGUAUCAUGGCUGAACUUAAAACUGGUCAGGCAUUAUUCGCGGGUGAAAGUGACAUUGAUCAAUUAUAUCGUAUUCAAAAGUGCUUAGGACCAUUACCAACAAAAUAUACGUUAACUAUGAAUACAAAUCCAAAAUUUCAAGGCUUAAAAUUUCCUCCUAUUCAUCAUUUAGAUACAUUGGAAGAACGUUUUGGUCAUUUAUUUCCAUCAGAUAUUAUGCAUUUAUUUAAAAAUACUUUACGUUUAUAUGCUGCUGAUCGUUUAACAGCUGAAAAAUGUAUUCAACAUGAAGCUUUUCUAUAUUUAAACCAAAAUUGUUUGCAACGACAAUAUCAUCAACCAAAAACUGCUUUUGGUUCAAUUAGUGCAUCUCAAUAUGAAAUUGAUCAUAACAAUGAAAUAGUUGAUUGUACUACUCCAUUUGUUGAUAGACGUUUCAGCAAAUUAAAUGAUGAAAAUAAUGAAAUUCAACUUCCACGUCGACCUUCACCAUUAAAUAUCAAUAAUAGAAGUAUUGAUAAUUUAACUGAUAUUUCAUCUACUGCUUCAUCUUCUAUUAAUCAACAAAUACAAUAUCGUAGUAAUACACAAUUAACUGAUCGAUCGUCAGCGUUGUAUUAUCAUCAACCAAAAAUCAUACGAACCCAAUCAAAUGAUGAACAAUUAAAUCAAUUUUCUAUUUUUAGUCCAAGAAGUUCAAAUAUUACAAUGGAUAAUGAUAAUGAGCAUGAUCCAAAUAAUAUUCUAUUAUCAAAACAAUAUCUUAAAAAUCAUCAAUCAAAACAAUCUUUAACACGACAAGAAACAUUACGUGAAAAACAAUUACCUACAUCGUCUACAUUGAAUUAUGCUUCAAAUGGAGUUUUAUUAAGAUCUAAACAACAACAACAACAGCAACAUUCAACAAAUAUUUUACAAACAUCAUCAACAGAUAUGGAUAAAAAAUUUAAACGAUAUAGUUUAGAUCAACAUCGAACAAUAUUCAAUACACAACAACAAACAUCAGAAUCUAACAUCUAUCGAUCAUCAUUGGCUUUUAUGCCAAGUCAAAAAACAAAUAUAUACCCAAGUCAAAUAAAUAAUAAUCAAAAUGAACAAAUACGAGAUGAAGCUAGCAAUGAAUUACAAGAACAACGGCCUAUGCUUCGUGAAAUUAAUCGAGAUUUUCUUCGUAGUGGAACAGUUGAUUAUCAUCCACCUGCAGACACAAUACCUGUUCAUCAACAAACAUCUUUAAGGCAAACUCAAUAUAAAAUAGUAUCAGAUUUUAUGGAUCAAGUUAAUAAUGAUUCAAUAGGUUAG